GCUGAAGAAUAUGAGUCUCUGCAAGGCAAAGUUAGCGUCACGAAAGGAAUAGAAGCAACAUUUCCUGGGUGUGUCACCUGAGUUAUUCCUUUCUUCCCUCGGAACGACGAAGGUUAGCACCGGUUCUUGCGUUCCGGACGGGCAGUAGGUCUGGAUCAUAUAUAAGAGACAACAAUGUCGCCAUGCAUCCCAUUCCUGCACUCACAACAUAAACACCAUCCUCACGGACCCAUUCGAUCCAAGGGGCGGCUGCUAGCUAGCUGCAAUCUUCAGCACAACUGCAAGUUCGAGCAGAUACAGGAUGCAAGGAAUCGCCAAGGCGCUGAGCCAGCACGGGAAGCAGCUGAGGCUCGCCGUGCUGCAGCACAUGAACAAGGGGAUCUUCUCCUGGGCCACCCUCAUCUCGCGCAUACAGAGCGAGUCCCCGGCCGUGAUCAUCCCCCACAUGGGGCUGGAGAACAUCACCGUCCGGGAAAUCCUCAGGGCCAAAGGGGAGGCCCAGUCCAGGGCGGUCUACUGGUGCAGCACCACCCAUUUGGUGCAUGAAGCCGUCAAGCACAUGACGGCCAAUAAUGUGGGAUCUCUAGUCGUGCUCAAGUCGGGGGACGACAAGCAGCUGGCAGGGAUUGUAACUGAAAGAGAUUUCGCUAGGAAGAUCCUCUUACCCGGGCGACCCUCGGAGGAAACAAGAGUUGAAGAUAUCAUGACAGAAGAGAACAAGCUAAUCACUGUAUCCAGCAAUACCAAUAUUCUGCGUGCGAUGGAGCUAAUGACAGACGAGCACAUUCGACACGUCCCAGUUUUCGACGAGAAGGUGGUUGGUAUGAUCUCCAUUGGCGAUGUGGUCAGAGCAAUCGUGGACCAACAGCACCAAGAAGUGAAACAACUGAAGAAGUACAUCACUGGAGAUUAUUAUUAGCAUGUAGCUCUGGUACAGUCCAUGUAAUUACUCAUAAUAUUAACCAUGAAUUAUAUCUUC